AUGGCUGUCGACAACUCUUUGGAGGCGCUACUGGCGACACUUGUAACCUCCAUUCAAUCUGCGACCGAGGCCUUGCCGUCAGAUGAUAUUUCACCGCCAAAGGAAGGCAUCUCGCUGCUCGAUGUUAAGAACGAACUGCUUCUGUCGUACCUCCAGAAUUUGGUGUUCUUAAUACUGCUCAAACUCAGAGCUCGUUCCAACAGUGCUGGCGCACCGACCGAAUUGACUCUGCAUCCACACGACGAAGUAGUACAGAAGUUAGUUGAGCUACGAGUGUAUCUGGAAAAGGGCGUGCGACCGCUUGAAAACCGUCUAAAGUACAACAUCGACAAAAUUAUCCGAACUGCCGAUGAUGCUGCUCGACGUACAUCUCACUCAGUGGCCAAAUCCAAGACGAGGAAAACCAAGGAUCAUUCAAACGCAGACUCAGAUGCCAGCGAUGCGGAAUCUGCCGGUUCUGACCAAACCGAAGAGGACGAAGAUGAGAUGGCUUACGGACCAAGAGGCCCCCAAAUGGCCAAGUCAAAAGCGGACGUCAAGGAGGAAAAGGCCAGGGACUCGGCAAAAGACGGCAUUUACAGGCCGCCCAAGAUCACCCCAAUGGCUAUGCCAACGACCGAAAGUCGUGAAGCAAGGCGCGAGCGAAGACCAGGAAAAUCUGCCACUUUGGAUGAGUUUAUCGCAACCGAACUCUCUUCGGCGCCCAUGGCCGAGCCAAGUAUUGGAAGCACCAUUGUCGAUGGAGGCCGUCAUACGAAGUCCGAAAAGGAGCGACGCGAAGAGAACGAGAGGCGAGAGUAUGAAGAAUCAAACUUCACGCGUCUGGCACCCAUCAGCAAGAAGGAACAGGCUAAGAAGCGGGGUCGCGGCCAGGACGGUGGAUUUGGUGGAGAGGAGUGGCGAAGCUUGGGCGCUGGCAUUGACCGCAUCGAGCGACUCACGCAAAAGAAGGGUGGGAAGUUGGGAUCAUUGGACAAGAGUAGGAAGCGACCUGUAGGCGAUGGACCCCGAGGCUCAGGAUCUGCGGCUGGUGAUGCUUUCGAGAAACGUAGGAAGGUGGUGUCAAGAUACAAGUAG